CCACCUCUUCUUCCUCCUCCCUCCCUGCCGCUCCGUUAUAAUAUCCCAGCAAACCGCCCACCUCUCCCCUCUCCCUCCAUCUCUCUCUCUCUCGCGAGCGCGGCACGUCAACUCCAUUCCCUUCCUUCCCCUCCCGCGGCAGAUUGCUCGAUCAAGUCAAGAUUGACGGACGCGGACAGAGCAUCCAGGAGAUUGGUCGGCAGAUCGAAUCAUGACGACGGACAAUGCCAGAACCCCAAAGUCGUCGUCGUGGCCGAGGAGGACGAGGACGGCGGUGAGGAGAUGGCUGAGCCUCAAGAGCAGCGCACAGCCGUCGUUCCAUUCAGACUGCACCGGUUAUAGGUUUGGCAUCAGAGGGCAGGAGCAGGGGAGGCGCAAGAGCUGCUCGGACAGGGAUGGCAGCCGGCGAGAUCUGUCAGGUGAAGCGGGGUGGUUGGUGGAGGAGGGCCGCGAGAAUCUGAUGCCUCCCCUACGGCAUGGGCAGAGCUCGUCGUGGCAGCCUCCCAAGGAGCUCAGGGUGCUGGUGGGGACGUGGAACGUGGGCGGGAGAGCGCCGCACCAAGGGCUCGACCUCUCCGAAUGGCUCCUCGACCAACAUGACUCUUGCUCACCUCCCCACAUCUAUGUCCUCGGCUUCCAGGAAAUAGUGCCGCUGAACGCUGGGAAUGUUCUCGGGGCGGAGGACAGGGUCCCCGCUUCCAAGUGGCUCGACCUUAUUGGCCAAGCCUUGAACCCUUCCUCCUUGGAGAGAAGCAACAAUUAUCACCACGGUCACCGGUGCACUGCUGCCGAGGAGGCGACCCUUGAAUGUAGCCAGAAGACCAAAGUCAUCUUCUCGGACAUACCGGUGAUGGACGAUGCAGUAUCAGAGCUUGAGGAGGAGGAGGAGGAGGAUAGUGAGUCUUCCACGUCAAACCCAGAGUCGAGCAGCGAGGAGGAGGUGAACGAGUUUGCGAUGAUGUUGCAAGAAAGGGCGAGGCACGGGUACCGCCUAGCAGCGAGCAAACAGAUGGUGGGCAUCUUCCUCUGCGUGUGGAUCCGGGCGGACGUCAUGCCACGUGUCACCGGCCUCAGGGUCUCCUGUGUUGGCAGGGGCAUCAUGGGGUACAUGGGAAACAAGGGGUCCAUCUCGAUCAGCCUGACGCUGCAAGGUGGCAGCUCGGCGGUGGCGUCGACGAGCCUGUGCUUCGUGUGCACGCACCUGGCGUCCGGCGAGAAGGACGGCGACGAGGUGCGCCGGAACAGCGACGUCGCGGAGAUCCUCAAGCGCACGAGGUUCCCGCGGCCCCACCGGUUCUCCAGACUGCCGGCGUCGGCACCGUCGUCGCCGGAGACCAUCUUGGAGCACGACAAGGUCAUCUGGCUCGGCGACCUGAACUACCGGCUGUCGUCGACGGGCGGCGGCGGCGGGGGCGAUGGCGAGACCCGGGGGCUGCUGGAGCGGAACGAGUGGCGGGCGCUGCUGGAGCGGGACCAGCUGCGCGCGGAGCAGCGGGCCGGGCGCGUGUUCGGCGGCGGGUGGGAGGAAGGCGAGAUCCGGUUCCCGCCGACGUACAAGUACCUGGCCGAGUCCGACACAUACGCCAUGGCCGCCCUGAGCUCCUCCGCCGCCGCCGGCAGGCCGUCGCGGGAGAAGAAGAAGCGCACGCCGGCAUGGUGCGACCGCAUCCUGUGGCGCGGCGAGGGCGUGGAGCAGGCGUGGUACGAGCGCGGGGAGUCGCGCUUCUCCGACCACCGCCCCGUCAACUCCCUCUUCUCCAUCCGCCUGCACCACGCCGACGACGCUGCCCGCAGCCUGCCGGCCGCCGCCAAGACGUGCUGCCGGCAAGGCAGGAGGCGACCACCCGGCAGCAGGGCCACGACGGCGACGACGGCGCGCGAGGCAGCGACGCGCGGCGGCGCGGUUAUCGAGGCGGAGGAGAUGCUCGUCGAGAGGCUCGUGCCGCCGCGGGACUGCCGCUGCCUCCAAUCCUCCAGAUUCUGACACGUCGUACCUACAUGUGACCAUCGACAGACAAGGACAGCAACCUCAAAAGGCGGCCAUGGCGGCGCACGCGUGCCGGCGGGCUUUCGCUGAAACAGAGGCGAGCCCGGCCGGCCGAGAACGAGCCUACCCGUGGUGCGUGCGUGCGCCGGCAUAGGCAGGUGGCGUACGUGCUCAUGAUUGCUUGCCAUUUGUCCACGGAGCUCGCAGCAAUUUUCACUCUGAUAGGAGAAGGACGGGACAUUCUUCUCGGGAACGCGCAAGCUUUUCAGGGUGGAUGCCUUGCCUCCUUCAGAGGAAUCUUCAUCUUCUUAGUAGUAGAGUAGUAAUUUUUCCUUCAUGUCUAAACUUACAGUAUGCAUGUAGCCCAGGAGUAUAGAAUAGGAAAUUAGGAAUCCGCCCCUCUCUUCUUUUCUCUCUCGUUUUGUUCUGGACAUAGUUACUAUGACAAACUGUAAUCUCAAAAUUUUCUUCGGUUCAUACACUAUAACUAUAUAUAAGGA